CAGAGCAGGGAUAAUGUUCUUCACAGCUGUUUUUUCCCCUCUCUUUCUAAAGUCAUGGCAGGAUUCAGGCAGGAUUAAACUUCCAGUUUGCUGAACGGUGAAUAAACCCGAAACUUUCACCGCUGAGACCUGCGUGCAGAGCCCCGUCUGGUGAGGUAAUGUCUCUGAAAUGUUCAAAUACCAUUCCCAGCUGCAGCAGGCUGUAGCCCCAGGCUGCUCCGGGUUUGCUUUUUAAGCUUUGUCCCAGUUGAAACAGUUUACCGGGGGACCAUGAGGACGCUCCGUUCCGAAGUCUCUGCACGGUUCGGCUUGAACGAGACCAAGAGUUUUCAACUGUCUGCAGCCGGACUGUGAGGAAGCGUGCGGUCCGAUAGAGACCCAGUCCGGGCGGCCAGACCUCAGCAGACCCUGCCGGGAUUACUGUGGAAGAAGUCCGAAAACAAAGGAAACUUUUGUUCUUCUCUCGUUCCCCUCCGCCGGGAACAAACACAGGAGUUUGGAGAAAGUUCAAAAAGUUUUGACGCGCGCGUGCGCUCCCUUUGAUGUGAGCGCCGACAGGUUCUUUUGAUCCAGGUGGUUCCAGGUGUGAGGAUGGUGGAGAGCCGGAGCUGCGUCCAGAGAGAGGGGGUGUACCGCUGGUUCUCCACCCUCACCUCCGCUCAGAGAGCGGAGUUCCUCUGCGGCCUGCUGGACCUCUGCGUCCCCAUCGAGCUGCGCUUCCUCGGCUCCUGCCUGGAGGACCUGGCCCGCAAGGACUACCACUCCCUGCGGGAUGCGGAGAUCAAAGCCAACAACCCCGCGGACCUCUCGGGACUCACCAACGUCACGGACGAGGUGGUCCGCAGCAAGCUGCUGGUGUCCCUGGCGCUGCUGGGCACGGACAACCGGGAGGCCGCGGGGGUCCUGUACCGGACCCUGACCCACAUCGACACGGUGAUCAACAACUACGGGCUGGCGCUGAACGAAGGCAGGACGGAGGAGCAGUUCCUGCUGCUGUUCACCAUGGCCUCCAACCACCCGGCCUUCAACUUCCACCAGAAACAGGUGCUGAGGCAUCAGCUGGGCCACAUCCAGGACAUCCUGCAGGCCAGCAGAGGAGGAGGAGGAGAAGCUGCAGCAGAAGCUGGCAGUGAUGGAGCUGCUGGUUGCUAUGGCGCUCAGCCUCAUCACCACUACCACCAUCAGCCCGCCGCCGUGCCUCAGGCCUCCCUGCCCAACGCCAGCGCCACCUACCUGCCAACCUGCUACUGGCACAAGAACCAGAGCAGAGAGGCGUCGACGGGGUCAGGCCCGCCAUCCGGCGCAGCGUUGGGAAACGAAGAGCAGGCGGUCCACCAGGAGCUGCCGACUCCUCGCCCAGAGCGUCGCUCUCCUCCACCGCCCCUGCAGGUCCAGGAUGCAACCAGGAGCCGCCAGGAGAAGGCAGUGAAAGCUGUGAUUGAGCGGGUGGUGCUCAGAAGAGCGAUCCAUAAGCCAGAGAACGGAGGCGAAUAUGUGUUUGAGGUGGGCUGGUCCGACGGUUUUACAUCCUCUGUUGUCAGAACUCAACAGGAAGUGGCAGAGCUGAUAUCCCAGCUCUCUCAGGUGUUUCCUGACGAUGGACUGGAGACGUUCCUCCCUCGGUCCGUAGAGGUCGACACCAGGUGUCUGGCUGCGCUGCCCGGCCCCGUCCUGCAGCAUCACUCCGUCCAGCUGUUCUUCACCUCCAGCCGACCUCUGACCCCCAGCUGCCCCGCGUCUCCUCUCUCCACCAGGUUACCUCCUGCUAUCCCCACCUGCUCCACCUCCAACAGCGGCUGUAUGGUGCAGUACAGAGGAGCUAACAGGGCAGUGUACCGGGUGGCCAGUGUCCAGCCCGUCGUCAGCACCCACAGCUCGGUUCUGACCCGCUCCCCGCCUCACCUGUCCUCCCUCCUGUCUCCCCCCACGCCGCUGUCUCCCUCCAUGCACCACCUCCACCCUCCGCCCAGCACGCAGACGCUGCACCUGUCCCACUCCCAGCAGGCGUCCCACUCCCCCUCCCUGCCCCGCUCCCAGUCCCAUCCGGCCCAGUUAACGCAGAAUCAAUCCAACACGCCGGAGCAGAACGGCAUCCUGGACUGGCUGCGUAAACUCCGGCUCCAUAAGUACUACCCAGUCUUCAAACAGCUCACCAUGGAGGAGUUUUUAGCGCUGACGGAGGAAGACCUCAACAAGUACGACUUGACCCAGGGAGCAAAGAAGAAACUCAAGACUCAGCUGGAGCUUCAUAAAUCAGCAGACAGGGAGAUGAAAACGGAGAAGCGACCCUGCAGCGGCAUCGCCAGGGUGACACCGUCCAGUCACAUGGGAAUCUCAGUGCACCCCACCUCCACUGCAGGAGAGCUGCGAGUGGAGGUGGACGGAGUGCCGCAUCUUCCUCCUCCUCCUCCUCAUCUGAUGUCCACAGACAGCAGCUCCUCCUGGAUGUCGCUCUGCUGCGACUCGGCCUUCGACAGGAGCAGAGACGCUGUGGGCCGUCCGAACGCUGCCGGCGGUACGGAGAAGGAGCGCUACCUGUUGAGCUCUGCCGGUCCGGCCCGUCCCACGGCUCAGGUUCUUCCGGUUCAGACCGAGCCGGCGCCCCCCCACCCCCCGUCCUGCUCCUCCUACCACCCCUUCAGCGUCCUGCAGACCGACUUCCCGCUACAGCCCAGCUUCCCGACACGCGUCCUGUCCUCCCCCAGGAAGCCCCGCCCCUCGCCGCUGGGCGCCGACGACCGGUCGAAGCCGCUGGGCGCCGUGGCGGCCGCAGCCGGGUUCAGCCUGGGGCCCGGGGUCGGCGUGGCCGCGCGGCUGGAGAGCCAGUUCUCUGGGCUUGGCGUGGCGGACGGCGGCCCCCAGGAGGCGGCGGCGGCGAGCCGCACGCGGCCCGGCGGCGCCGUGGGUCUGAUGGUGGAAACAAGCUCCGCCCUCACCUCCACCUCCAACAGCCUGCACCACGUCUCCCAGCCGCCGCUGCUCUUCCACCUGUCCUCCUCCCCAGCCGGGUACCACAUCUACCCCCCCGCCGCCUCCGCCCCGCCCGCCAACGCUGCUGGAAACCAGUACUACCAGUCUACCUCCAGCCCCGCCCUGCCCACAUCCUCCCCGCCCUCCUCCGAUCACAACGCCUCCGUGUGCGUCUGCAGCUCCUGCGGUUGCCGCGGUAACUGCAGCCCGUACGCGGCGUUGCCUGGAUACGCCACCGCGGGGUACCUGCAGCCAUCUUUGUUCACCCUGGGGCCGCUGCUCCACCUCAGCCCGCUCAUCGCCUCGUCCAGCGCCGCCGCCCCGCCCUUCUCCUACCCCAUGAUGGUCCCGCCUCCGCUCUACCGCCAGAGCCCCACGUCACACGACCAGCAGCAGGGCUUCGGGUUCUACCAGCCGCACGGCAUUGUGGGAAACGGAGGCCAGAAGCGUGCGGCAGGAAACAUGUCGUGCUACAACUGCGGCGGCGGCGGACAUCGAGCCGAGGACUGCAAGCAGCCGGCGAUGGACUCAGCGCAGCAGGGAACGUUUCGGCUGAAGUUCACUCCUCACUCUCAGAGUAAAGACUCAGGAGAAUAAACCAUGGCGAGGCGGUGACCUUUGAACUGCUGGAAAUGUUUUCACCUGCAGGAACAAAUCAGCGAGUCGGCGAAACGCUGAUGGAGAAACGGUUCAACAAACCGGAGCUUCAGACAGGAAGAGCUUCAUGCUUCCUCCCCACGGCGGCGGCUGCGCAGCCAAGAGUUUAGACCAAACUUUGGGUUUUCACUUUUCAGACUCUGUAAUUUCAGUAUUAUCCUUCAUUUUAACGCUCGCCGUUGUGCUGCAGUCAGGUUUCAAUCGGCUGAAUUCCACAUAAACAAUCAUUAUAUUCAAAAGGAGAUUUUAAAACGGGGUGAAACUUUUCUCUCUUUUUUCAGUGUCAACCCAAACCGACGAGGCGUUCAGGCCGCUUCAGGACUGCCAGUCAUUCUUUAAGCAGCAGCUGAGUGAACGUCUCGUUUAUGUCGCCUCUGCAGCGUUUCUACCUCAGAUCUGAGCUGAAGGCAGAAUCAUGGGAGGUUUACAGCGAAACAUUUCAAAAACACCAACUUCCACCCCCCCUCCUUCAGAUUAAACCUAAUUAGUGUCAAACGUCUAUGCAGCAAAUUUUUUUGUAUCGCUGUCAUUUUAAUUAUUAAAAAAUUUAAAAGUGUAUGCUGCACAAAAACAGUGCAGUUGAUUGACAUUUGAUUAUCUGUAAUUAAUGCAUUUAAAACAUUAGUGGCAAAAACAAACAAACCUGCACAAAUAUAGCACAAUUAAUUUAGAUCAAAUUUGUUGGAUUUUGUUAAUUUUGAUGGGAUAAACAAACUUUUUUGCUGCACA